AUGGCUCUGGGUCGGUAUGAGUCUGGAAACCGAGGCUCUUAUACUUCAGAGAAUUCAUUAGAUAUAAGAAACGAUUCGGUAUCGACAAAUUACGGUGAUAAAGUUGCAACUGAGCCAACACUUGGCUAUACACGGAGGAACGAAAGUACGGGCAGCACACCGCCUGCUGUUAGGAAUGUUAAGAGGGAAACGCUGCAAAACAACAUGGGAAGUACGCCGACAGAAUUGAAUGACUUCUUGGCAAUGCUAGAUGAUAAAACAACGUAUUCCGAGGUUGUUCAGUCGGCAGAACCACGGCUGGGGUUUGAGGACCGGCAGAAAUCGACGGAAUACCAUACGGGGUCUGAAUUGAGCGGGAAUAGUAACGGAAUAGCUCUUAGUGGGAGUCCCGUCGAUAGCUACCCUAAUUCUCAAAAGAUUUCUAAUCAUAGCUCAAGGAACAAUACACUGAACUAUUCUCCCAAUAUAGAACCCUCAGUAAUGUCUGUCGGUACCCUGUCGCCGCAGGUGGCCGAUAUAAGCUCCAGGAAAAACUCUACCGUUGGUAACUCGUUAAAUUCGAACUCUAUACAGGAGUUUUUGAACCAAAUUGAUCUGAGUCAUUCCGAAGAACAGUAUAUUAAUCCCUACUUACUCAACAAGGAGUCCUACUCUACAAACAAUAAUACAAACAAUGGACAUAAUAGCUUUGAAGUUACACAUUCCGAUUCGUUGUUUAUGGACAGUGGUGCUGAUGCUGAAGCCGAAGAUCAUGGAGAGUUGAACCAACUUAAUGAAAAUCCGUUGCUAUUGGACGACGUGACAGUAUCACCAAACCCUACCUCAGACGAUAGAAGACGGAUGAGUGAGGUUGUAAACGGCAAUAUAGCAUACCCUGCACAUUCAAGAGGUUCUAUUUCUCACCAGGUGGACUUUUGGAAUUUGGGUUCAGGUAAUCCUAUUUCCUCUAACCAAAACCAAAGUAGUAAUUCUCAAGUUCAGCAAGAUAACAAUUCGGAGUUGUUUGACUUAAUGAGUUUCAAAAAUAAGGGAAGACAACAUCUGCAACAGCAACUGCAACAACAGCAACAACAGGCUCAGCUGCAAUCACAAAUGCACCGCCAACAGAUACAACAGCGCCAGCAGCACCAGCAGCAACAGUCACAGCAACGCCAUAGUGCGUUUAAGAUUGAUAACGAGCUCACUCAACUAUUGAAUGCUUAUAAUAUGACACAAUCCAACCUGCCUAGCAACGGCAGUAACAUAAACACUAACAAGUUAAGGACUGGUUCCUUUACACAAUCGAAUGUCAAGAGAAGCAAUUCAUCAAAUCAGGAAGCACAUAAUAGAGUUGGUAAGCAACGAUAUUCAAUGUCACUUUUGGAUGGUAACCAAGAUGUUAUAUCGAAGCUAUAUGGAGACAUGACGCGCAAUGGACUUUCUUGGGAAAAUGCUAUAAUAUCCGAUGAUGAAGAAGAUCCAGAAGAUCAUGAAGAUGCUUUAAGGCUCAGAAGAAAAUCUGCAUUGAAUAGGUCAACCCAAGUUGCAUCACAGAAUCCUACGGAAACUUCAUCAAGUGGACGAUUUAUUUCUCCACAAUUGUUGAACAACGAUCCACUACUAGAGACUCAAAUUUCCACGAGCCAAACUUCGUUAGGCCUUGAUAGAGCUGGUUUGAAUUUUAAACUCAAUUUACCCAUUACAAACCCUGAAGCCCUUAUUGGAUCAAGCCAACCUGAUGUCCAAACUCUUAAUGUUUACUCUGAAUCAAAUGUUCUCCCCACAAGUGCACAGUCGACAACCACGAAGAAGAAACGGUCCAGCAUGUCCAAAUCAAAGGGCCCUAAAUCUACCUCUCCGAUGGAUGAAGAAGAAAAGCCUUUCAAAUGUGAUCAAUGUAAUAAGACCUUCCGCCGUAGCGAACACUUGAAAAGACAUGUACGUUCUGUUCACUCGACGGAAAGACCUUUCCACUGUCAGUUUUGUGAUAAGAAGUUCAGUAGAAGCGACAAUUUAUCACAGCAUUUAAAGACACACAAGAAGCACGGCGAUAUAACUGAGCUACCCCCACCGAGAAGAGUCACGAAUUCUUCAAACAAGCACUGA